UCAUCUCCUUCACGCUCUCUUCUGCUUCAGAGAACUCAUCAAUGGCGGUCAGGAAAUCAUCCAAGCUCCCUCAGACCGCCGUUCUGAAGCAAAUCCUCAAGCGGUGCUCCAGUCUGGGCAAGAGACACGGCGGCUACGACGAAGACGGACUCCCCCUCGACGUCCCCAAAGGCCAUUUCGCUGUUUACGUCGGCGAGAAGAGGAGCAGGUACAUCGUGCCCAUCUCGUUCUUGCAUCACCCCGAGUUCCAGUGCUUGCUCCGACUAGCCGAGGAAGAGUUCGGGUUCGACCACGACAUGGGACUCACUAUCCCUUGUGAAGAAGUCGUUUUCCGCUGUCUCACUUCCAUGCUCCGAUGAACUGCAAAAAAAAAACGAUUGAGCUUUUGGAGAAGAUGAAGAUGGAUGAGAUAAGCAUAUAUAGCAGCAUUCUAUGGCGCUAUGCUUUUCUUCUUUUUCUUUUUAAACAUCGAUUCUUCUGGGUUUUUUUUCUUUUCAUUUUUCUACUAUU